CCUGCUAUUUCCGCUAACGCCAUAGCCGUUUCAAUUGGUGGUAUAACUAAGAUCACCGCUGUUCUGGUCCAGAAGGCCAAAUAGCGAAAGAGUCAUGUUGCGACUGCCGACCGUUGGCCGGGCUCUAGCUGGAGCUGCCAAGGGCAGCCUGGCUUCUUCCAACCCAGUGCGUACCCCAGUGCGUGCAGCCAGCAACAUGGUGGAGGUGUUUGUGGAUGGGAAACCAGUGGAGGUGGAGCCUGGAACUACUGUGCUGCAGGCCUGUGAGAAGGUCGGGGUUCAAAUCCCCAGGUUCUGUUACCACGAGCGCCUCUCUGUGGCAGGAAACUGCCGCAUGUGUCUGGUGGAGAUUGAGAAAGCACCAAAGCCAGUAGCAGCCUGCGCCAUGCCCGUCAUGAAAGGCUGGAACAUCCUCACCAACUCAGAGAAAACACGAAAAGCCAGAGAGGGAGUAAUGGAGUUCCUGUUGGCCAACCACCCACUGGACUGCCCUAUUUGUGAUCAGGGAGGAGAGUGUGACCUGCAGGAUCAGUCCAUGCAGUUCGGUUCAGACCGCAGCCGCUUCUCAGAAGGAAAGAGAGCAGUGGAGGACAAAAACAUCGGGCCUCUCAUUAAAACCAUCAUGACCCGCUGCAUCCAGUGCACGCGCUGCGUCCGGUUUGCAUAUGAUGGGUUGAAGAGGCAGAGGCUGACCCAACCAAUGGUGAAGGAUGAAUCAGGUCAGCUGACCCCGACCACCUGGGAGGACGCUCUCACUCGUGUUGCUGGAGCACUGCAGAGCGUGCAGGGGAGUGAGGUGGCAGCCAUAGUGGGAGGGAUGGCGGACGCUGAAGCUCUGGUCGCCCUCAAAGAUCUCCUCAACAGACUCAACUCAGAAAACCUGUGCACUGAGGAGCUGUUCCCCAUGGCAGGUGCAGGAACUGACCUGCGUUCCAACUACCUGCUAAACUCUCGCAUUGCUGGCAUUGAGGACUCUGACCUGCUGCUGCUCGUGGGAACGAACCCUCGCUAUGAAGCCCCACUGUUCAAUGCCAGAAUCCGCAAGAGCUGGCUCCAUAAUGAGCUGCAGAUUGCCACGGUGGGCCACAAGGUUGACCUGAGUUACACGUACGAUCACCUAGGAGAAGACACUUCAGUCCUGAAGCAGCUGGCCAAUGGCACACAUGCUUUCUGCAAGGUCCUUUCAGCUGCCAAGCGUCCAGUUGUGGUUGUGGGCAGCGGCGCUCUGCAAAGAGAAGAUGGAGUUGCAAUUUUGAGUGCCGUCUCCACCAUUGCUCAGAACGCCCGAGCCAGCAGCGGAGUGGAGGACAGCUGGAAAGUCCUUAACGUCCUGCACAGGGUGGCGAGUCAAGUGGCUGCCCUCGAUCUAGGCUACAAGGCCGGAGUGGACGCCAUCAGGAAGAAUCCACCUAAAGUGCUUUUCCUGCUGGGAGCUGAUGCGGGCUGCAUCAGCAGAGCUGACCUGCCCAAAGACAGCCUCAUCAUCUACCAGGGUCAUCACGGUGACGUAGGAGCACCAAUGGCAGACAUCAUCCUACCCAGUGCUGCAUACACGGAGAAAAACGGCACUUAUGUCAACACUGAAGGCAGGAGCCAGCACACCAAGAUAGCCGUCACUGCUCCUGGAGUCGCCAGAGAGGACUGGAAGAUCAUCAGAGCUUUGUCUGAAGUAACGCUGUGUGUUCGUUUCAUAACCAAGCGAUUUAUUGGUGAAUACGACCAUAAAAAGGAGGUGACCUACAAAUGCAGCCGGGUGGUGGAUCAGGAAGCAGUCGAUCUGGAGAUUCUGGACUUAACUUGGAAGCAGAGCUCUGUAGCUUCUCUGGAGUCUUCCAUUCGCUGGGCUGAUGGUUUCCUGCUGCUGUACUCCAUCACACAGCGCUUCAGCUUCCUGGAGGUCCCACAACUCAAGACGCUCAUUGACCAAACCAAGCAGAAUCUGGUGGUUCCCGUGGUGCUGGUCGCCAAUAAGGCAGAUUUGGAAAUCGGCAGGCAGGUGACAACAGACGAAGGACAGAGACUAGCCAAGGAUUUAAGGUGUGGUUUCAGAGAGUUGUCUGUGGCUGAAGCAGUCCUAGCAGUGGAAGCAGCAGUGCUUCAGCUCAUCAGGUUGGUGUUGGAUCAGCAGCGCCCUCUGCCUGAACGUCGCUCCUACAUGUUGACUGUUCGUCACGCUCUGACCAGGAAACUGACCAGAUCUAAGACCAUGCAGUGGUGA